AUGGACAACUCCUUUGUGGAAGAAGUGGCUGCAUCACUGGUGAGAGAAUUUCUCAGUAGAAAGGGUUUGAAGAAAACCAUCACCACCAUGGACCAAGAGCUUCCACGUUCUGCACUUAGUAUCAAUAACAGGAAUGAACUUCGAAAUGUCCUACACCUGCACUCCUUGUACAAACAGAACAAGGCAAAGGAGAACCCACUGAAAACACUUCUUGAAAUUAUUACUAAUUACUUCCUUGAGCACCGUGGGACUUCCAGAAGCAUCAGUUCAAGUUCUGCUCUGUCAACUCCUCAAAGUAAGAGCUCAACAUCGCAGCCACCCGACUUUUUGGAUAAAGAUCAUGUGCGUGGGAGUGCCUCUGUGCUCGAUGAAAGUGAAACUCAGGCCUGCAGAUAUGAUGUUGAGAAUCCACUAGAUAAAAUCCUUCCAUCCAGAAAACAUCAGCACAAAAGUGAAAAAUGCCACACAGGAACGAUACACAAUAACCACUUACCCUCUGAUGGGGAUAAGAAGUUAAGAGAUAGUCGAGAAGAUUUAAAAGCAGCAGUGAUUUCUGAGGAGCUCAAAUCCACAGUGAAGGAAAAGCCAAGACCUAGGUCUGGUCUCAUUGUCAGAGGAAUGAUGGCUGGACCAGUAGCAAGUUCACCAGAGGCUCUGCAAAAAAGGAGGCUUUCAAAACGAUCCACUAGCAUAAGCAGCACAGCACAGUUGAAGAGUGAAGAACAUGAAGAAAAUGAUCUGAGUUUCCCAAGUGCUGAUUUUCAAGAAAGUAAAGUCAAUAUGGAGUUUGCAUCAAAGACUAUAUCAAGCUCACAUGUGAGUUCAGCCUCUGAAAAACUAAGAAGCAUCCCCAAAGAUAAAGAUGACUUUCUUGCCAAACUGCUGUCUGAAAGAGAGAGGACCAAGACAGAAGAAAAAAAAUCAGUUCCAAGCUUUGAUACAGACAGCAAUGAGAAAGGCCUUAAAGUGAGUGCCUCCCACAGACAUUCCGGGGCUGGAAGAGAGAAGAGAGAAAGGUCCCUCAAGAAAAAUGAGAUUCGGUUGUCAGGCCACAG